GGUUGGAGAUGUUCGCUUCCCCCCUCUAAUAUCUUCAAUUUCUACAGGGUUUCUCUACCCCCGUCCAAAGAGAGGAAUACAAUUGAUAAGCACGCAAUUCCAAUUACACCAGAGCCUCAGACACGUUAAAAUGUUCGUAGACCACACUUCGUACGUACUAGUGUUCGCGUUGCAAUUAUUCAGAUAUUAGAUAUCAAGUUCGAUAACCUAGAGCGUCAAUAUAACAAACAUACCUAUCUUCAUGCCCUCCUCCGUCAUCUACUCCAGGCCUGAUACGCGAAUUCAAUUAGCCGCGUACUCGCGUUUUAACCAUGGGAGACAGCGACGGAGAGGAAAAGCGACACGAUGCCGUGGCCGUGGAGGAUGAUAGAUCGUCGUCCGAAAAUGAUACGGCAGCAGAGAAACGGCUUGUGAGAAAGACUGAUUUAUUGAUGAUGCCAGGCUUAGCUCUCGCAUAUUUCACUCAUACCCUUGAUCGCGCCAACCUAGGAAAUGCGAAGACCGAUGAUUUUGAAAAAGAUUUAGGUCUGGUGGGCAACCAAUUCUCGCUUCUAUUAGUCUUAUUUUACAUUCCUUAUGGUCUUUUCAAUAUCCCAUGGUCGAUAUUAGCAAAAAAGUACAAUCCGGCUCGAAUAAUUCCUCUCGCGAUCCUGAGUUGGGGCGCUUGCACGAUGGCGUCUGCUGCGGCUAAGAACUUUUCCGGCAUCAUGGCGGCGAGAAUCGUGAUGGGUGCAAUUGAAGCAGCUUGCCUAGUAUUUUACUAUUUAUCUUUAUUUUAUACAAGAAAGGAGAUCGCCUUCCGAGUGUCGUGGAUUGGACAAAUGGGGUUCAUCGCGGGGGCUGUAUCGGGGUUAAUAUCGUGGAGUGUUUUUCAAUGGCAGGGAAGACUGAAUGGUUGGCAAUAUUUAUUCCUCAUCGAAGGUUCAAUCACAGUUGUCGUAGCAGCCUAUCUUUACGUAUUUGCUCCGCGAAGUCCGGAGAAAUCACGAUGGUAUACCGACGAAGAGGUUAAACUCGCCAAAUACCGACUCGAGCAAGACUCUCAAGACCAAGACAAGGCGUUCCGUUGGGACGAUGCGAAGAAACAGGUCAAGCAAUGGCAGACGUGGGUUUUCGCAUUUAUGGCUUUGAUGUAUGGCGUCGGCGUUGCGAGUAGCUCCAACUUUCUUCCGACGAUGAUCAAAAGACUUACAAACAAAACUACUACGGCUAAUUUGUAUACUGUCGGGCCUAACUUAACAGCAUCGGUGUUCCAAGUCACGAUAUGCUGGCUCUCUGACCGGUAUCAGCAACGCGCGACCUAUGCUUGUGGCACCAUAGUCAUCUCCCUAAUAGCUUGGAUUCUUCUAGGCACCUUGGACCUGGUUCACCAGCCUCAAGUAGGGUACUUCUUAACGUACCUAAUCACAUUCGCCACCUUUAUCCCGAGUAACCUGGUUCCCGUGUGGAUCGCAUCAAACACGCCUACCACAACUGGCCGGGCCGUAUCACUUGGGAUGAAUUACAUGGCGAUGAAUUUGGCUGGCAUCGUUUCCUCGUUGAUAUACCGAGAGCAAGACGCACCCGUCUAUCGACCUGCAUUGAUCACAGUUGGUUGUACGCAAGGUGUUUUUCUCGUUACGGCCUUGGUGAUGCGACAAUAUUACGCCCGUUUCAAUAAGAAACUCGAUUCUGGGGAAAUUCCCUACGCCCCGGGAAUGGAGGCUCGUCCGCAAUAUCGCUAUGCAGUUUAA